CGUUUCGGCAGCACCGCCCCCAAACGCAAGGAAGGCAGAGAGCAUAUAAUAGUCGGUCAUCCGUAACGCCCAAACAAGGGAACGAACAAAGAAGGGCUUUUGGGAUUGGGGUUCCGCCGUCCGUUCCCCCCCUCCUCACUCUCUCUGUUCUUUUGCAAAUAAAUUCGUUCUCUAUUUCACCACCACCACCACCAUCGCUACCACGAGAGAGAGAGAGAAAGAGGAACGAUGGCCUGCUCCUCGGCGGCCCCUCACCUCUGCUCUCCUCCGCCCAGAAUUCUGGGUUCGGAACAAGGCCGCCGCCAUCGCUCCUCUCGCGCUCCGUCCGUAGCCCUGCCCUCCUCCGCCGCCGCUCUCAGAGGAGCCCCCUCCCCUCUCCGAUCCACCGCUCGCCUCCCCCCCUCUCCCGUGCUUCCCCGGUGCCUCCAUGUUGGUGGGUCGAAAAAAUCACGAGUUAUUAGAGCAAGGUUGGAUGGUUCUCGGAGACAAAAUCUUCGGACUAUUGAUGAGUCGGUGGCUUUCGGGAUUAACAGGGGACAACUUCGAUGCUUUUCUUGUUUUCAAGGUCAUCGUAGGAACAGAUAUUCCCUUAGGAGAUGUGAACCGUCUGUUUUCUCAGACAAAUCGAGUCUCCCAUGUCAGAAACUGCUCUCUGGCAGAAAGACAGCAAUACAAUGUGCUGCUUUAGGUCCCGAGGAGCCGCAUGUAGCAAGUACGACAUGGUCAGAGGGAAUCCUUGAGAAACAAGGUUUACCUUUCUGGGAUCCUGAAGCAGAAAAUACAGAACUAGAUGGUUUUCUUAGUUCUCCACUUCCUACUCAUCCAAAGCUACACAGAGGACAACUGAAGAAUGGUCUACGCUAUAUUAUAUUACCUAAUAAAACACCACCUAACAGGUUUGAGGCGCAUAUGGAAGUUCACGUCGGAUCAAUUGAUGAAGAAGAUGAUGAGCAGGGGAUUGCACAUAUGAUAGAGCAUGUUGCAUUUCUUGGAAGUAAAAAGCGUGAGAAACUGCUUGGGACAGGAGCAAGGUCUAAUGCUUAUACUGACUUCCACCAUACAGUGUUUCACAUCCAUUCUCCGACUAGUACCAAGGACUCCGAUGAAGAUUUACUCCCAUUUGUACUUGACGCUCUGAAUGAGGUAACGUAAGCAGUAGUUUGUUAUCUUGAAGCAUUCAUUUAUAUGUUUGCAUGUAACUUUUUCAUGGCUUGAUAUACCAGCAAGAGUGAUUAAACUUUAUUACUGUGGCUAAAUAAGUUUUAAAGAUAGGCAGUUUAGAGCUC